CAUCACUUGCCGUUAAAGGAACUUUAGCUAGACCACAACUUCUUUAACUAAUAAAGCAGUUAUAUAUUUGGUUAUUUCAGGUAGCGUCUGUUUAGUGUUUAGUGUGAUACUUAGUGUAUAACGUAGUCGGUGUGUUGUUUUAGUAACUGUGUUGUUAAUUCCAAGCAGCGUUUGUCAAGUGUUAAGUCAUGUUUUGCGUUGACGAAAUGAUAUUUCGCGUUGUGUAACGAUUGUCGUAGAAUUAAGGAUUUCUUUCUUUAUGUUGUUAUAUGUCAUGGUUUUUUCCUUUUUUUUUUUCAACUCAUCUUUUUUAAAUGUUCCGCAAAAAAAAGCCUUAACAGUAAGAAAACCUAACAACAGGUUAAAAACAAAAAAAUGCCAGAUUUUGCUAGCAGUGCUAAGUUUAGACAAAAGGUAAAAAAUAUGCUAUGCUUGCUAAAUUAUAACAAAAAUUUUGUCAGUACAAUAGACAAAGCGUGAAUUAUGAAAGCAAUAAUAACAGUUAUUGUUUUGAUGAUAGUAAUUUGGGGCCAUUGACUCUUUUAUUAUCAUAGCAACUCGAUACAGCCACGUGCGUUGAGGGACUGAGCAGAAAACGGGGCGUGGUCUAUUAACGAAUGUGUCAAUCACUCACGGCCACCAACGAGAGGCGGAGCUCCAUUCUUACACAUUGAGGGGAAAAUGGCUGUAAACCAGAGGGUUCACUUGCAGAAACUUGCUGUGGGACGUCUGUAAAGAUUUACCUAAACUAUACGUGGGAAGAGGUAGGUGUGAUUUAGUGAAGUUGUUGAAGACCGCCGCUACUCACUGAGGUGAGUAAAACUGCUCACUGCAAGAAAAAAAUUCAACCUAACCUUAUUAUGCGAACAUUUUAUGAAAAGAAUAAUAAUAAUGAGUAAAAUCCAACUAGUGAUUGGCCUCCUUCUGAUUGGAGGAGCUACUACUAGGCUAUAUGUUAUAGCCCACUAGCAGCGAAAAGCGCGGGCUUUUAGGCGGCAAAAAAGGAUUAAAUUCUAGCUUUAACUAACUAAAAGUUUUUUAUUCUCGAUAUUUUUGACCAACUAGUUGGAUUUUACCAAAACAAUUAUUCCUCUCGCCCUCAUGGCCCUGAGUCAAUAGCCCAUUCGGGCUCGAGGAAUAAUUGUUAAACGUGAAAUGCAAGUUAAUGAGAAGUAAAAAAAUUAACUAAAUUUUUCUUAAAGAAAAGGCUUCUAAAAAAUGUUUUAUUAAUCGAACAAAAACACUGUUGACCUGUCAAAACCUAUUCUUAAACGAAAAAAAGUUUUCUUACCAAAAAAGCACCAAACCGCGGUCCAUGUUACCAAUUCAAGAAGCAAUGGGCGAAACGAGUCACAAGUGACAAAAUUUAAUUUUUACCAGUUUCAUUUCCGUAAAAUUAUCAAUAUCCAUUACGUCGCGUUGAAGUGAGAUCUAAAGUUCGAUUACCAGCGAGAAACUUUGCCAUUUUUUAUUGCCAAUUGGCGGUUGCUACUUUUUUGGCUAUAAAACGUUCGGUUUGAUAUUAUUGAAACGAAAGAUUGCGGAAUUUUCUUAUUCUUUGAUUUGUGUUUUGCGUUCUCGUUCUUGUUUUUGUGAGCUUGCACAAAGCACGAAAACAAUUGGUGCUCGGACUGCGCCACAUUGCAAAAGUUGGUGGAAGAAAUCUUUGGACGUGGGCCUGUCACUCAUGCAAGAGUGCCGAAGGAAAGGGCUUUGGAGUGGGAAAAAUGGCCGUAUGGUCCUAUUGUGGAUGGUUGGCAAUUGUGGCGAUGUUUUUCUUUUAGGGCACCCAACGACGGUUUCCUCCUAAAUACACUGAAAACAGUUUUUUAGGCUACCCAGAGUACUUUUAUAACUCUAGAAAAGCAUUCUAAGCGGCACUGUAAAAUUUGCCUCUGUUCGGUCAACCAAGGGGAACUUGAGUCUUUUCGGGCUUGAGUAAUAUUUUCCCGAAAAUUUUAGAUGAAAUUUAACGUAUUACGAGAGUAAGACAUUUUCUAAUUCCUCUCUCCAUCACAUUUUUGAAUCCGAAAAAUUUAGGUUUCCUUUUUUCUAUGAAAAAUAGCCUAACCUGGGACGUAAAAUGCAAAAAUUAAACUUCAGAAAGUCGUAGGAAAUUUUAUUUGUAAGAUAAGCUUCGAAAAUUGUACAUGGUGGAAUGGUAAUCUACAAAUAUUUAGCCGUCCUCAAAUAGAAAAUUCUGGGCAGUAUUUGCUUCUCCGAAUAGAUAUUUUAAAGAAAACAUUUGAAAAAAUCUUUGAAAAGCUUUUCGUAGAACUCUUCGAAACCUUUUCCAAAAACGCCUUCAAAACGCACUUCGAAAACCUUUUCGUAAGCCUUUUCAUAAACCCUUUUGUAAACGUUUUCGAAAAACGUUUCAUAAAAAAAUUCUGCACCUUCUUCGUAAAAAUCUUCAGAUCUCUCUUCGAAAACAUCGUUGAAAACCUCUUUGAAAAAAGCGUCUAAAACCUUUUUGAAACAGGCUUCGAUCCGCAACAUCUCCAAAACAUCGUUCGAGAAGCGUUUGGCGGCAUGAAAUGCAUACUGUUACAAUGCAAAUCCCUAAUUGGUUUUCGUUUCUGUGACAGACGAGCGCCCCGGUUCAAUGUGAGUUUUCCUGAAGAGUGUAGUAUAGAAAAUAGGAGUCCUGUCUAAACCACCCUGUUUUUGUCCACGAGUACGCCUCCAUUGUUCGAAAAAAAAGACUUCCUAGUAAACAAAUUUGCUAGCCGAGCGGAGUGAGGGCAGCAAAAAUGUAUUUACGAGGAAGUCUUUUUUUAUCAGUGAAGAAUGGAGGCUUACUUGUGUACAAAAAGAGGGGUGUAACAGGGCUCUUAUUUUUUAUACUACAACUGUGGCACUAAGGACAUCGACAUGCUGUCGAUGGAAAGGAUUACAGCGCAAAGUUAAAGAAGUGUCCGCAUUAGCGAGGUUAACUUUUAUUCGGAUCUGUUGAUUGGGCAAGAAAUAAGUGCCCGUUGUUUGAAUCUAGAGAAAAUUUAAGGGCUAUCCCCAGGGACAACGAAAACUAUGUGACUGUACUGCGGAGAACUACUACGAUUAUCUUCUUCACACGUACAAAUCAUCGUAUACAUGCAUGUGUAUUGUCAGUGGUAGACGCAGACGGCUAUCAAUUCGCUUCUGAAGCCCGUUUUUCGAAAGGCUCGGUAACUUUUUGGGUCCCAAAGCAAAUUUUAAAUCAAAACCUGUUGUAUAAUAGCACAGUUCCUAGCUUACAAACCGGUCAAUUUUGCUUUGUUAACUGAAAAUUUUAUUGAAUGCAAACGCGGCAAACAUAAAAUAGCUUUUCGGGACCGAAAAGUUAUCGAGACUUUCGAGUAACGGGCCCCUGGAUUGUCGUCAUAAACCAAAGUGGGCGCUGCGUCGACCAAACCAGGCCCAGCUUUUCCUUCAGAUCGCGUUACUUUCACCAGUUUUCUUUCCCAUUUAGCAGCCUCGAAGAACUAGUAUUAAUCGUUUUUUUUUAGCCAUGUUACCUCAAUGUACUCCACAUGUAUAAAUUAUUACAAAAAAAAGAUGUUGCUAGGUUAUAGAAAAUCAUUUAUUCUUUGUUCAUGACAUUUACUUUUUUAAAGCAGAGAACCAAAACAAAUUAAUACACUUGCAACUCUGACAAGUCGGUCAAAACACAUAAUUUCGCGAGAAGAAGCACCGCUGUUUUUUAAAGGUAUGUUGAUUUGCAACUUAUAAGAUAUUUCCAGUAUUUUUAGUUUACCAUUUAACUUAUAUCUUAAGGUAUACAGAUAACUAAAAACCGCUGGCGAGUAAAAUGGCUACCUUAAUAGAACCCUAAUGGUAAACUCCGACUUCCAUUUCCUCUAGGCCGCGCGCAGAAUCGCGCGCGCACUAUUUUUUUCUUUCAUGGUGUAAAGAAACUGCUAGUCUGCUUGUGGGGAGGAGAGACUAAUGGAAACCUUGCAACGUUUCUAACGUACUUGUAACUUCACUGAUGAAGGGCCAGGCCUGAAAUGUUUGGAGAGGAACUCCAACCACAAGAAGGCACUUAUGUUCAUUAGAUGGCGCGAAGAAAGUAAAGAUUUGCCCCUGGGUCUCCGAGGAUGAAUUGUGCGCCACUGUCUUGUUUUUCUGUCUCAAUCAACUGGUCCAGUUCGAUUAGCUGUACCCGUGAACUCUGAAAAAUUCGACUCCAGAAGACCAAAUGGAAAGAAAAAACUGAAAAAUCCUCCGAGGCCCUUCGGCCAAAAAAAAAUCAAAACUCUGAGACCCAAAAGUCACCCGAAAAAGAGUUCAAGACCCAUCACAAACACUUCAAAUCCGAGAUUUCGAGAUUCGGUAAAAUUUUCCGAGACCCACGUUUCUCGAGGUACCAUUCUAUAUCGUCUAUGCCCCUUUGCUGAAACUGUCGCUUUCCCUUGCAGACUCCUUGCACUCAACUUGCCGGUUUCUUACUUUUCCUCUCAGUGCCUGGCCUGUGACAAACAUGGCCCUGCAAUUCUCUCUUGACUUUUCUCAGUAAAUCUAUAUCAUCUCUGUUAUUUAGACCACUGCCCGGUCUUUGAAAGCCCAACUGUCCAAACUUUAGAUAAAUAACUCAGUUACGUUGUCUACCUUUCCCUAUCUUUUAAAUGAAGAUAUAGUAGAUAUGACCGUCGCAGUGGUAAUUGCAAUUUCAGCAGUUGCAAAUUGUAGCCGUGAGACGAGAGAUUACGAAUUUUUUUCUUACUCUUUCUUUCGUGUUUUGCGUUGCGUGAAGUUAAUUUGUUAUUGCGCUUGGUGUAGUUUUUUGUUAGCCUUUUUGUUUUCAUAUGCGUCAGAGUCAUUCUGUAAUUCUAUAAAGACCCAUACAUUGGGAGCAGGCCAAUUUGUUGAGUUCAUCUUAACCCGUGAAUGGAAUGAAGCAAUGAAGAUUAUAAGAACUGCAAAAAUACAGAUCUUAAAUGAAGAUAUGAUCGUCGCAGUGGUAAUUGCAAUUUAAGCAAUGUCAUGUUAGAUGCCAAAAUACCCAUCAACUCAUGGUACCUUCAACCUUAUUGGCCCUUGCAACAGACAUCCGACAAGAGAGCUUAUUCUCUCUUCCAUCCGAACAUACAAAGCCACAAAGCCACAAAGCCACAAAGAUACAUACGCUCAGACCACUGACAUACAUGGAGAAUUAAACAGUAAUGGAGAAUUAAACAAUUCAGAGAGAACCAGCCUUACUUUCAGGAAGCCUCCCUUUUCUAGGAAAGUAGAUAUUCUGUUUUUGACCAAAUUUUCGAAAACAUCUUGAAAAACUCCUAAAGACGGUGAAAAAGAAGGAUCGUCGGCGGGUUGCCUCUUCCCUUUCCACUACCAAAGAGAGGCCGCGGAGGAAAUUCUUCUGUACAGAACUGCAGCUUUUAAAAGGAAACAUUACUAUUAGACAAUAACCGUUGAAAUUUCUCAACCAUUUUAUGUUGCAGUCAACCCAAUGAGGCUUCGUCAUUAUUGGUUCGUUGUUUGUCUUAGUAAUGCCUGGAUCGUUUUUGAGGCGGGCCAUUCAAAAAAGGACACUAACGAUUCAAGUCCAAUGGAGUGCAAGGAAGGAAGUUUCAUGUUGAACACGUGUGAAGAGCGUUGUGAAUGCAAGAAAGGUAAACUAACCAGCUGUUACCGCGUGAGAAAGGAUUUUACCAAAAUGACCAUCGAGGACAGAAAACGUUAUAUUAACACUUAUAAGCUGGCAUCGGUCCAUCCUGUGGUUAAGAAAGAUUAUGAGAAAUUGAUAGCUCUCCACAACACCGGCGGAGAUCAAGCAAAAGUUCCUGAAGCCUUUUUGCCCUUUCACCGGUGGUUUUUGGUUGAGAUGGAAAACGUACUGCGCAGAAUCGACUGUCGUGUGACUUUACCCUACUGGGAUUGGAGCAAAAACACUCAUCAUUGGUGGAGAGGAACUGGUGACGAAGACCUUUGGAACCCUGCUGAUCAUGGUUUAGGAGGAGAUGGAAAUUAUACCGAUGACAACUGUGUGGAGGACGGAGCUUUCAGCAAAGAUAAAUGGCGUCUAUUAGACGUGUCUGGAGGAGGGUGUUUAAGAAGGAAUUUUACGAAAGACAGCCUUCUCUACGAUAUUGAUCACGUGAAGAAAACUUUAUCGCUGCCCCUGGAAGAGUUCGAACAAUUUGAAGAAACUGUCCGUGUAGACUAUCACUUGUUGCCUCACAACGCAAUCGGUGGUACAAUGAUGAAUCCUCUAAUAGCAGCAAAUGCCCCAGAACUGUUUCUUCACCAUUCAUUUAUGGACAAACUGUGGUAUCAAUGGCAAAACAAAGGAGAUGAAUACAAAAAUGUCUACUUCCCAAGCGUGCCCUUCAAACUUUAUGGAUCAAAGUAUUAUGGCCGGGAAUGGAUUGAUUCUAGUAAUCUUCCGGGUCAGGUGAAAGUUCUUUACGAAGAAUGAAAAAAAAAAAAAGAUGAAGCAAAUAAUCCGAUGUAUAGGCAGACAUGAAACUCUUUGACAUUAAAUAAUGUGCCGAAAUCAAUUAAUCCAGGACAAUUGAUUUUCGACCAUUCCAGUAAUACUGAGUUAGAACUUACAUGUGUUAUUUAUCAGGACAUAGGACACAUUUUAUGAGGUAAAUAUGCUUAGCCAUACGGCUAAUUUGCAGCCGUUCCCACACGUAGAAUUAAGGUAAAGAAUUAUAUGGCAUUAAUUAAAAUUAAAAAUAAAUUGCUAACUUCUAAGAUUAUAAAUUACCUAUGAUAUAAUGCACCAGUCAUUUGAAACCCUCGGGGGAUGACUGGGGGGCAUUCACUUUUUAUGCGAGUGAAAGCAAGUGAAUUCUUACCAGAGUGAAUGGCAUGAACUCCUUCGCCCCCAUAUUUCCAACACACACGGUACUCCCUUUUUU